AUGUCUCAUUCAAAUCACUCGCAGACCGGAGCCUCCAUGGGUAUCGGAGAGGCCAUGGCCCUGAAACUGGCUGAGCAAGGUGUCAAUGUGGCCCUAGUAUCAAGAAGCAACGUAAGAAGCUCGCCAACGUACUGCGCCUGCGCACAAAUAUUGACGGUUCGGCAGGAUAAACUUGAAGCGGUCCGGAGUAAGAUUGAAGGGAAGAAGUUCGGUGUCAAGGUCAGAGUAUACGCAGUUGAUCUGCAAAAUUUCGCCGAUGUAGACCGAGCUGUUGAUCAGGCCAUCGCUGAGCUCGGCCAAAUUGACAUUCUUGUGAAUAAUGCUGGUUUGGCUUUGGGUGCCCCGGGCAGAUUUUGGGAGCUUUCCAUUGACCAGAUUCAGCAAAUGUCAGGAACAAACAUCAACGGAAUGAUGUUUGCCACUCAUUCUAUUCUCAACAAAACAAUGUGGCCUCGGAAGAAGGGGACGAUUGUCAACGUCUCUUCAGUCACUGGUCUAGAAUGUCCUCCAUUCAACGGAGAGGCUGUAUACCACGCUAGCAAGGCGUUCUUGGAAGGAUUUACUAACAGUUUGCGCAUGGAAACUGCAGGCUCGGACAUUAAAGUCCUUGUCUUGCGGCCCGGUUGUGUAGUCACUCACUUCCACCUGCAGCGGGUCAAGUACGAUCAGGCUGCCAUGGACGAAUUUUUUCAGGGAUAUGAACCUCUUCUGGCAGAAGACUUGGCUGAUUCCUUGUCCUACAUGUUGAGUCUGCCACCUAGAAUUUCUAUCAAGGCUCUAGAUUGUGUGCCAACCGCCCAGAGGUCUUUGACGCGCUUCGAUCGCGAAUGGAACUCUCGCAGAGAAUAG